CCGACGCCCGCCAUUUGUGUUUGCUGUCAAAAAGCGAUGUAAUGUCGUGGAGUUGUGAAUAAAUUGCGAUUAUUGCGGCGUAAUUACGUUGGAUAUUUUGUUUAGUUAAGUUUUAUUGUUCUUCUUCAAGAUGUCGAAUAUAUCGCUCGAUAAAGAAACUUUUUAUCGGCGCAUGAAGAAGCUGUACGCAGCAUGGAAGGCUGCUGCAGCUGAUUCAAAGACCGAUGAUGCCCUGGGGAAAGUUGAUUGCCUCGUUUCUUGCGUUGGAGUGGAUGAAGAUACGCUUUACAGCAAGUCAACAGCGCUACAGACAUGGCUGUUUGGCUACGAGCUACCGGACACGAUAACAGUUCUCACAGAAAACAGCAUGUGUUUUCUUGCAAGCAAAAAGAAGAUUGAAUUUUUAAGACAAAUAGAGAACGGGAAAGAAGAAACCGAAUUGCCUCCAGUGAAAUUACUUAUUAGAGAUAGGAAUGAUAAAGAUAAAGAAAACUUCAACAAAUUAGUACAAGAGAUUAAGAAAUCCAAAUCAGGAAAGACCCUCGGGGUUUUUGCUAAAGAUAACUAUCCCGGUGAAUUCUGUGAAAGUUGGAAGGCUGUUAUGAAAGGAGAAAAGUUUGAAAAUAUAGAUAUAAGUUCAUCAAUCGCACAUCUCAUGGCUCCAAAAGAAGAUUCCGAAAUUAUUACCGUUAAGAAAGCCUGUUUGGUCACAGUUGAUGUUUUCACAAAAUAUUUGAAGGACCAGAUAAUGGAAAUUAUUGAUUCAGAUAAGAAAGUAAAGCACUCAAAACUUGCCGAGGGAGUGGAAGCGGCGAUAUCAGACAAAAAAUACGUCACAGGCGUAGACACAAGCCAAGUGGACAUGUGCUACCCUCCCAUCAUACAAUCUGGAGGAAACUACAGUCUCAAAUUCAGCGCCGUUUCAGACAAAAACCACUUACAUUUCGGCGCUAUCGUCUGUUCUUUAGGAGCUAGAUAUAAAUCAUACUGCUCAAAUAUUGUUCGGACAUUGCUCGUCAACCCCACAGAUGAAAUUCAAAGCAAUUACAACUUCCUUUUGAAUAUAGAAGAGGAAGUUAUGAAGAAACUGGUUUCUGGCGCCAAGCUUUCGGCGGUUUAUGAAGCCGGUUUGGAGUUGGCGAAAAAAGAGAUGCCAGAUUUAGUUGAGAAUCUUACAAAGUCUUUUGGGUUCGCAAUGGGUAUAGAAUUCCGUGAAAGUUCAAUAAUCAUAGGACCCAAAACGUCAACUGUGGCUAAGAAAGGAAUGGUCUUCAACAUUAACAUUGGUUUGGCCAACUUGACAAAUAGUGCUGCCACAGAAAAGGAAGGCAAGACUUACGCCUUAUUCAUCGGCGACACAGUAUUAGUGAACGAGGAACAACCGGCGUCACUUCUCACGCAAUCCAAAAAGAAGAUCAAGAACGUCGGCAUCUUCUUAAAGGAUGACGACGAGGAAGAAGAAGAAGAGAAGGAAAACAAGACUGAAAUACUUGAGAAUGGAGGUAGAGGUAAAAGAACAGCAGUUAUCGAAUCAAAACUUCGCACGGAGCAUUCUUCUGAAGAAAAACGUAAGGAACAUCAAAGGGAACUGGCUAUCACUCUAAAUGAAAAGGCUAAGGAGAGAUUGGCGAAGCAGUCUAGUGGGAAAGAAGGAGAAAAGUUGAGGAAAAGCACAGUUUCAUACAAGAGCACCAGUCAGAUGCCGAGGGAGAAUGAAGUUAAAGAGCUCAAGUUAUAUGUUGAUCGUAAAUAUGAGACGGUAAUCCUCCCGAUAUUCGGUGUGCCGGUACCGUUCCACAUAUCGACGAUAAAGAACAUCUCGCAGUCAGUGGAGGGCGACUACACGUACCUCAGGAUAAACUUCUUCCACCCCGGGGCUACGAUGGGCAGGAAUGAGGGCGGGAACUACUCACAACCUGAUGCCACGUUCGUCAAAGAAGUUACAUACAGAAGUACAAACACAAAGGAACCCGGCGAGAUAUCCCCUCCGUCCUCCAACCUCAACACUGGCUUCAGACUCAUCAAGGAAGUACAGAAGAAGUUCAAAACAAGAGAAGCAGAAGAGAGAGAAAAAGAGGACUUGGUCAAACAAGACACCUUGGUUCUCUCACAGAGUAAAGGCAAUCCCAAACUUAAAGACUUGUACAUAAGACCUAAUAUCGUAACUAAGAGAAUGAGCGGGUCUUUAGAAGCACACACGAACGGAUUCAGAUUCACGUCAGUAAGAGGAGAUAAAGUGGAUAUUUUGUACAAUAAUAUUAAGAACGCAUUCUUCCAGCCUUGUGAUGGAGAAAUGAUUAUACUGUUACAUUUCCAUUUGAAGCAUGCUAUUAUGUUUGGUAAAAAGAAGCACGUGGACGUGCAAUUCUACACGGAGGUAGGUGAGAUCACGACGGAUUUAGGCAAGCAUCAGCACAUGCACGACAGAGACGACUUGGCCGCUGAACAGAGCGAGCGGGAGUUGAGGCACAAAUUGAAAGUUGCGUUUAAGAGCUUCUGCGAACGCGUUGAGAACAUGACCAAACAGGAGGUCGAGUUUGAUACGCCGUUCAGAGAACUAGGUUUCCCCGGAGCCCCAUUCCGCAGCACAGUUCUCCUACAGCCCACCUCCGGAGCUCUCGUCAACCUCACGGAAUGGCCUCCAUUCGUCAUUGCACUAGAAGACGUUGAGUUGGUACACUUCGAGAGAGUACAGUUCCAUCUCAAGAACUUCGAUAUGGUGUUUGUGUUUAAAGAUUAUGCGAAGAAGGUCGCCAUGGUGAAUGCUGUGCCUAUGAACAUGCUGGAUCAUGUUAAGGAGUGGCUCAAUUCAUGCGACAUCCGUUACUCAGAAGGUAUUCAAUCGUUGAACUGGACCAAAGUUAUGAAGACGAUCACAGACGACAUUGAAGGUUUCUUCGACAACGGCGGUUGGUCUUUCUUGGACCCUGAGUCUGAUGUGGAGAACGCUGAAAACGAUGAAUCGUCAGAGGAAGAAGACGACGCGUACGAGCCGACGGACGCGGAAACCGAAGAGGAUUCAGACGACGGCUCCGAGUACGACUCCGAAGCUUCUGACGAAUCGGACGCGUCGGGAGAUAGUGAUGGAGAAGAAGACGAGGAAUCCGGUAAAGACUGGUCCGAUCUGGAACGCGAAGCUGCCGAAGAGGACAAGAAAGAGCGCAUCUACGACCGAGGGGAGACAGACUUCGACCGCAAGCGCAAGGGCGGCCGCGGACGCUUCGAGGACGAGGGACACGGCAAGAAGGGCAAACAUGACAAGAGCUCCAGCAAUCAUAAGAGCUCGUCCAAUCAUAAAAGCUCCAGUUCUAACCAUAAGAGUUCAAAUCAUAAGAGUCCGUCGAAACAUAGUAGCAGCAGCCCUUCAAAGAACCGCGACAAGCACCACAAGUCGUCGCACCACUCGAGUGACCGCAAGAGCGACGGCAACAAGCACAACAAGUCCGCCGACAAGAAGCACUCACACGACUCGCGCUCGCACAAGCGAUCCCGCGACGACUCACGGGACGGAGACCGUCACUCUAAGAGAUCUAAGAAAUAAGCUGGCGACAAGUAAUGAAUCGUUUAGGAGCAAACACGGGUUUCAGUUGCCGCUCUCGGCUCGUUACAUUUAAUUAAACUGUGUUGUCACACCCAAUGUCCGUCUGCGCGUUGUUCAAAUCAGGUCUGAAUGUUUUUGUAUGUAUGUAGUUUAUUUCUGAUUCCAAUGAAACUGUAAUUUAAAUUAUACCGCGAAGAAAUAAAAUGUAAGGAUUUAUUA